UCACAUCCAGGGAUAGUGGGGGUCGCCAGUCUCUGGCACGGUUAUUUUGGGGGUCGCGGGUUGAAAAGUUUAGGAACCCCUGUUUUAAAGGAUGUCUGAUGCAAUGAGUAAUAUUUAAUGGAAAGUAAAGCAAAGACAGCCUACCACUACUCGCCUUGUUCAAGGACCCUACAACAACUACACGAAGAGGAGACUGCUAUUCCCUGGAGCUGGUGUAGGCUCUGGCUGGCUACGUUGUGAUGAGGAUAGCCUAGCGCUGGAGUAUUUUUUUUAACACGCUGUCCCGAUGGCUGUCCGUUGGCUAUGCAAUCUGUUUGGGAAGCCCUUCGAUGGUGGGAAGCGUAAUAUGGACCAUGGCCACCCGCCCCACCAGCACCACCCCCACUCCCACCCCCAGGAGCAGCAGUCUCCGCCCCCCCAGCCUGGAGCCUUCCCCUACUUCCCUGGGGGAGGCGGUUUCCCUGGAUACGCCGGGGGGGUGAGCUUUUUCCCAGGGUUCCCGGGGUUUCCGGGCGGGGGAGGCGUGUCGCCAGGGCAACAGCACCCCGCGCUGGUGAGGUUGGGGGAGCUGCAGGGAGAGGUGGCGACCCUCGGACCUCACGUGUGCGCCUUCAGUGGCCUGCAGAGUGACCGCGAGUACAAACGCCUGGAGAGGGACCUCACACGCCUGCAACUGGAGGUGGACCAGGUGGAGACAGAGGGCCGUGCAGAGCUGCAGCAGGCCCGUAAGCGCGUGGCGGGGGAGGUGGAGGGGCUCCUGCGGUACCUGGAGGGGAACGCGUCGCACCCGUCCCGCCUGGCCGUGGAGGCGUUGGCCGUGGAGGCCCGCACGCUCCUGCUGACCGGCAUCGUGGAGCCGCACCGCGCAGGGCUGCCACCAGGGGGCGGCGACGAGCUGCUGGAGGCCGUGCAGGACGUGGCCAUGAGGCUCGCACAGGUAAAGACGGGUGGCAGUGUUCCUCUGCGGAAGGCGCGCUACCGGGCGCUGACGCGUGUGUGUGCGGUGCUGGAGGUGCUGGAGGGGACGUCGCGCGUCCACACACUCCCUCUUCCGCUGGCCAACGAGACGCACGCCGCCGUGCAGGGCAUCAACCGGGCCAUGGGCGAGCUCUCGGCCGCGCGCUGCCAGCUGGUGGCCCUGCUGAUGGGGCUGAGCGGGCGCGACAGCUGUGCCAACCUCGCCCGCUCCCUCACCGAGCUGCAGUUGGAGCUGGACGCACUGGACGUGUCCGGCGACGCCGCCAUCCGCAACUACCGCAAGCAGGUGGUGGAGGAGAUCAAUGGCCUGCUCAAACACCUGGACCUGGAGGAGGAGGGGGACAACACACACAGGUACGACCUGACGCAUAACGACUCCAUCCGCGAGAUCGAGGCCAUCCGGGGGCGUGUCUCUGAGCUGCGGAGCGAGGUGCUCCGGCAGGGCGUGGCCGGGGGCGGCCAGGGGGCGGAGCUACAGGGGCUGCUGGCGCGACUGGACGAGGUGGACACGGGGCGUAACCCGUGCAUCCGGGAGGCGCGGCGCCGGGCCGUACUGGAGGUGCAGGCCGUCAUCACCUACAUGGACCUGCAGGAGGCGCUGUGGAGGCACCACGCGGAGCGCGAGCAGCAGCAGCUACAGCAGGCUCCGCCUCCCCCUCGGCCCGCGCUGGACGACGUGUGGCGCCUGCUGGCCAGCCUGGGGCAGCUGCAGGCGCAGGUCCUGGGCUUCGACGGCAAGCGGGCCGAUAAGAGCUACAUGGUGCUGGAGGAGCUGCUGACCAAGCGGCUGCUGGACCUGGACGCAGUGGACUCGCAAGGCGACGCCGACGCCAAGGCCGCCCGCAAACAGGCCGUCAAGUACGCCCAGAACAUCCUCAGCUACCUGGACAUGAAGACGGACGAGUGGGAGUACUGAGACACACACACGCACAUGCACACAGACACAUGCACACACACACACACACACACACACACACACACACACACACACACACACACACACACACACACACACACACACAGACACACACA